GAGAGAUCUGGGUGCGUGGAGAAUCCGGAACUAUUACCAACCCCCUCUCCAGCUCUCCCUUCCCUCUCUGGAGGAAAAAUAAGAGACCCGGAAGAAAUCCCUUCCUCUCUGAUUCUUCAUCAUCCCUCAAUCACAUUCUCCCUAAUUAAUUAACCAGGACACAGCGCAAGCAAAUCAGAGGAGAGUAGAGCAGAGCAGCGCAAAAAGCGCAGAUCAAAUCAGAGAAGCGCAAAACAUAGAUGAAGGGAAUCAGUAACGCCCUGCCGUCCUCCAAGCAGGCAGGAGGCGGAGGCGGAAGCGGCGGCAGUGGAUCCACGGCGGCGCCCAUCUUGCAUCUUCUGGGGUCUUAUCAUCGUCUCUGGUUCAUCGCCUUCGCUUCCUUCUUCACCUUCGCCUCCCUCCUCGCCUUCCUCACCACCACCACCAACCCCCGAGACCCCGGUCUCUCCUAUUCUUCCUCCUCUAAACAAUUUGCCCGUGCCUCUUCCUCCUUCCGACAAAACUCCCGUCUCCCCGACCCCGUCUUUGACGCCCUCGUCAACUACGCCGCCGCCUCCAAUUCUAGCGGCAAGAUGGGGGACGCCGACCUCCGCACCAUCGCCGCCGUGCUACGCCGCCGCGCUCCCUGCAACUUCCUCGUCUUUGGCCUCGGCCACGAGACCCCUCUCUGGCGUGCCCUCAACCACGGCGGCCGCACCGUCUUUCUCGACGAGAACGAGUACUACAUCGCCCACCUCGAGGGCCGCCUACCGGGCCUCGAGGCCUAUGACAUCGCCUACACCACCAAGGUCCAAGAAAUGCCCGACCUCAUCGCCGCCGCCCGCCGCGGCCACCGGGGGGACUGCCGCCCCGUCCAGAACCUCCUCUUCUCCGACUGCCGCCUUGCCCUCAACGACCUCCCCAACGCCCUGUACGACAUCCCCUGGGACGUCAUCCUCGUGGACGGGCCCCGCGGCUACGCCCCCACCUCCCCCGGGCGGAUGUCCGCCAUCUUCACGGCAGCGGUCAUGGCCCGGUCCGCCGGCCCGGGGCCCACCGACGUACUGGUCCACGACUACGAGCGGGAGGUGGAGCGGGUGUGCAGCGAGGAGUUCCUCUGCAACGAGAAUCUCGUCGCCAACACCACCCAGCUUGCCCACUUCCUCAUCCCCGGCGGCAACGCCGCCAGCCGCGACGACUUCUGCGCCAACAGCACUAUCACCGAGGCCGCCUUGUAAUUUGUUUUACAGGAGACGGCGAAGUAGAUUACCCUAUUCUCUACAUAGCAUUGGAACUUUUUUAUUUUCCCUUUUCACGUUUUCGUUUUUGAAAUUUCUUUUAGUUAACAUAUGGUGAUUCCGCGAGAAUGGAGAGUGGGAGAAUAUGAUUGCUCCUUCAGCAUUUGUGCCCGGUCGAUUUUCUUCUUCGUUUGAUUUAUUGUUUGAGAAAAAUUUGAAAUUUCUUUUUAA